AUGGGUCACAACGAGCCUCAUCUUCACGGUGAUGAGAAAGACACAAUGACGGAGCAGGAGCGGAAGCGACUUCGCAACCGCCUUUCCCAGCAGGCCUUCCGGCGCAGACAGCAAGAGCGCAUCCGAGAACUCAGCAAUAGGGUCAACACGGAUCAGAAACCAGAAGAUGAGCGAGUCGCAGCUCUUCAGCAGGAGAACCGCCAGCUCCGGGCGCAAUUGGUCGAGGUCCAGACAAAACUGUCUCGGCUCAUGGCCAGCUUGCAAGGGUUGAAUGAUACGGUGUCCAAGACCCUCAACGACACAGCUUCAGGUGGAGGCAAGACGCACGAGGGCCCGAGACAACUAGACGACACUGGUGCGCUGCCCGAACUGAUCAACGCAGCCGGCAUCAGCCCUCUGUACAAUCAGAUCCCGAAUAUCUGGAGUUUUGAGUACCAAACCGGCGUUGAGCCAUACCAGGCAGCCAUGGCAGCAACUCAAGAGUCAAGCUUGGUCCUCAGAAAGAAUUGGACGCUAUCAAACUCGCCAUUCUCGGACCAUAUCCAGCUCCUCCAACGUCUUCUAAAGAGCAAGUUGGCCGCCUCCGGAUUCUCUCCCGAGGGCCAGCCCUCAAUGCAAGGCAUCUACCAGCCAGUUCUCAUGGUCCUAUCAAUGUUCAACAGCAUGACUCGCCCCGACGUGAUGGCCUGGUACGCCAAAACACGCUUCUUCCACAUCAUCGAGCUCACCGCCUGGCAACUCUACCCCUCCGCCGCCACCUUCGACAAGCUUCACCAGCGCUACCGGCCAACAGAGGCGCAGAUGAAGCACCCGCACCCCCGCGUCAUCGACUGGAUCCCCUUCCCCUCCAUCCGCGACCGCCUCAUCCAGCUGCACGCCGCCAACCCGCACAUCGACCAGAUCUUCUGCGACGCCGUCACCGGCUACGUCGUCGAGACCACCAUGUCCGACCUCGUCCGCGGCGCGCCCGACGUCACCGUCUACAUCCGCGUCACCGACCUCAUCACGGCCAUGUCAACCACCACCACCGACGAGGAUGCCGACACGACGACGACGGCAGUUACGCUCCCGGCGCCGGACGUGACGGCUCUCUUCUCGUCGCCGGCGUACGCCCGCGCUGCGUUCAAGCAGCUCAACAUGGACAAGGGCGCGUCGUAUUACAAGAUCGACCCGGCCUUCUACGCGAAGUACCCCGAGCUGUUCGACCACGCCAACGACCUCACCGCAAGCGGCGUCCCCCUGCGCCCGAGGUCCCAAAAGGUCCUCACGUACCCGCGGCCCCUCGACGCCUCAACCGUGGAGACGUACCGCAGUUUCAUCGACUUCUCGCUGGACGCGUCGCAGACGAUAUCCUCGUGA